AUGGACGGCUCCUCCCGCACUCUGACUCCCUUCAACCAACCUCAGUCCACUGCACACGUCUCACCAGGAUACUCAUCGCAACCUCAAAACACCCUGGGUCUCGCAGCCGCAGCCGCCGCUGCCGCAGUCAACAGCCAAACCGCCCAGAUGCAGUUUCAAUCCCAAGCUCCCACUACAAACGCCAGCGAGCAACAAAACCUCACCGAUCUUUCACAAACCUCUGCUGCUGCUGCGACGAUGGGCCAGCCUGCAGCGGACACCUACCCCCACCAAGUCACUGGGUCGGGCGGUCCCACGGCGACAGCACCUUUCUUACGAGACUUUAGUCUUGUUGCAGAGGCAGCCAAGCGGGCACAAAUGUCUGUGAUGGUGCGAGAUCUGGAGAGUGUCACGCUAUAA